CGACGCGAUAACGCUUUUAUUGAAAUAAUGAGGUCUCUUUUCUUGAUCAUUGCGUGUUUGCAAUUAUUCACAGUAAUUCAAUGUUCUCUGACUGACGAGGGAAUCGGGGUAAAAGGGACAAAUAAGUAUAACUCGUUUGGUACUGCUCGAGUUAACCUAGAGAAUGGCACGGUAAUCAAAUACGGCGUAAUAAUUAUAACACCAUGUUUAGUAGUAACCGUUGCUGACGCUUGCAAUGAUUCAAAGGCAAUGGAAAUAUGGAGUGGACAAAGAAAUUGUUCAACCUACGAGCAACUUCGGCUAGUCAGUGAAACAUAUGUACAGGAAGAUUUGUGCGUGGCGGUCACAACCAAACCGUUUGCCUUUACUGGAGCUACUCAACCAGCAGGCACUGAUUUCGUUGACUGUUCUACUGAAAAUGUCACAGCUGUGGGGUGUGCCCCUCCUUAUGAAACAAUAAAUACAGCAACAUUCAAUCAUUUUCCUCUACAGGCUUGCAAAGAUUACUAUAACGACACUACCUUAGGUGCAGAUGUUUAUUGUGCCGAAUGUCCUAUUCCGGCCUCCACAUGUUCGGCUCCUCGCGGUAAUCCAAUUUACUGCAAUGGAAAAGCCUUCGGUAUAAGUAAUAAGGUACAUCCUGAAAAAUGCGCUACAGGAGGUUUGGUUCAAUUUACCCUACUAAGCCCAUAUGAAGAAUUCAUUAUUGAAGUAUUUGAAAAAACACAACAAAAAUGCAAUGAACAGAUGAUAUGUCAAGAUUAAAAGCUCAUCGCAAGAAAAAUGAAAAACAUAUGGUAUAUAUGAAUUGAAAAAUAUUUCCAAAUUUCUGUAAAAUAAGAUAAGAUAUAUAAAUCCGAUAAGUCUUUUCAAUCGAUUAAACAAAUUAUUAAUAAAGUAAUAUUAAACCUUCAA